GGGCGGGGCGGGCGCAGGGCUCCCCGGCCGGCGGCUGCCGCGCGUGGAGGCGGCCGCUUGCUGCCGCAGUCCAGCCGCCGGAGCCGCUGGUCCCGGCCUCCCGCCCGCGUCCUCGCCCGCAAUAUGCCUCCGCUGCUCUCGGGCUGCUCGCCAUGCCGCGGACCUGCGGGCGCCUCUCCUCCCUGUUCCUGGGGCUGGCGGCCGCGAUGCUGCAGCUGCUGCUGUUGCUGAUGGGGCGGCCGCUUCCCGUCGACGCCGCAGCCGCCGCCACCCGCCCGCAGCAGCAGCGGGCGGCGCUGCCGGGGGGCGUCCCCGCCGCCGCGGCGGCCUCAGGAUCUGUUUUUACACUAAAAGUUCAAGUAAAUGACAUCAUCAGUCAUCAGUACCUGCGACAAGCGGUUGUAGAAGUGUUUGUUAACUACACGAAGACAAAUUCUACUCUUACUGGUAACAAUGGAGCAGUAUUAAUAAAAGUUCCCUACAAAUUAGGAUUAAGCUUAACUAUCCUAUCGUACAAGGAUGGCUACAUGUUAACACCUUUGCCUUGGAAGACUGGGAGAAUGCCAAUAUACUCGUCUGUGACGCUUUCAUUAUUCCCACAAAGUCAAGCUAAUAUAUGGCUGUUUGAAGAUACUGUCUUAAUUACUGGAAAACUGUCUGAUGCCAAAUCUCAACCAAGUGUUCAGUUUCCAAAACUUUUAAUAAAGCUUCCAACAAAUCACCAUAUUACAAAUGUUACAGCCUAUCUGACAGUGCCAGAGCAAUUUUUGAAAGUGGACAGCUUUCUCUACACAACAGGAAUUCUUCUAAAUAAAUCUGGUUUCAAAAGCAUGGAAUUAGCUCCUCUUGCUGCAAUAUGUGUAAACGUUCUUUUGACCGGGAAAGAACUGAAAGUAAAUGGUCCCAUUCAGAUUACACUUCCUCUUCCCACAAGUACUGUAAAAUCAGGAGAUGCUAUACCUGCAUGGACAUUCGAUAUGAAAACUGGUGCUUGGGUAAGCCGUGGGCUAGGAAUGGUAAAGGAAGCAGAUGGUCAAUUAGUAUGGACAUAUACUGCUCAACACUUAGGCUACUGGAUAGCAGCUCCACUGCCUGGAACAAGAGAAUCCAUUAUUAGUGCGGUUUCCAAGGACAUAACAGCCUAUCACACAGUCUUCCUUACGGCCAUACUGGGAGGUACUGUUGUCAUUAUCAUUGGAUUUUUUUCUGUUCUUCUUUGUUACUGCAGGGAUAAAUGUGGUCGGACGCAAAAGAAGGAAAAAAAUACAACUAGGCUGGAGGUCAUAAAAAAAGACCAGACAACGUCAACAACUCACAUAAAUCACGUCAAUGCUGUCAAAGGGUCUUUACAGUUGGAGGAUAAGUCACAGUUAUAUACACCGAAGAUUUCUUCAUACAGCCCUCAAAGAAGGAUGUCCACAGACACAGAAGAGGGAAAAUCACGAGACAAUUUUAAAAUCUACACAGAGGAUGUUUCUUAUCAGUCAUCAUGUCAGACUGGUCAGUCAAGAAAUUCAGCCCAUUCAUUGGAGCCUAAUGCUGGAAUUAGGCAUUUACAGCCGCCGAAACAUAGUAACACUACUAUUUCCCAGGCUCCUAGGGACAUUCAAGACCAAAACAGGUACCUUUCACUGAAAGAGGAGAUGUAUGGGCUUUCCCAUAUCCCAGAACAUCUAAUGCAUCUUUACAAUCAACCUAUUGCUAUUCUUCAAACCUCUGACCUUUUCCACUCCCCAGAACAAUUGCAUCCUGCAAAAUCAGCAACUUUGCCAAGAAAAGGGCAGUUAGUAUAUGGCCCCAUGAUGGAACCCAUGAAUCGUGACAGUUACAUGCAAACGUUACCGAAAAUGCCAGUGCACUCUCAUCCACAGCCUUCUGUCUGCAGAGAUGAAAACAGUACAUUAGAUAGUGAAGAGGGCUUACCUUCUCAAACAUCAAACUGGGGCCGGUACACUAAUAGCUUACUGGAAUCUGUCUCUGUUCCUGGGACAUUGAAUGAAGCGGUUGUAAUGACUCCAUUUUCAUCUGAACUUCAAGGUAUUUCAGAACAAACACUAUUGGAACUCUCUAAAGGAAAACCAUCUCCGCACCCUCGAGCAUGGUUUGUAUCCCUGGAUGGAAAGCCGAUCGCUCAAGUGAGGCAUUCUUUCAUAGAUCUGAAAAAGGGCAGAAAAACAGAGAGUAAUGAUACCAGUCUGGACUCUGGUGUGGACAUGAAUGAGCAUCAUCCUAGUAGGAAACUGGAGAGAGAGAAAACUUUCAUAAAAAAUAUGCCGCAUUCUAAGAUCCUUUACUUGGAAGAUCUGGAUCUAAGUAGCAGUGAAAGUGGGACCACUGUUUGCACUCCAGAGGACCAGGCUGUGAGGCAUAUUUUGGAUGGAGGGAACAGGCCAGUCGUAGAACAGCAUGAUGAAGAAGGUCUAAGAAGAAAAACUGUAUCAGGAAGUCACGAAUCUGGUAUCCCUUCUGCUAAAAAAAGGGAUAGACCGUCUAUCACGAGAAGAGAUAGCAAAACCAGUAUCUGGAAGAAGAGGGAGGAGAGGCCACUUAUUCCUAUAAAUUAAAACACAAUGUGCUUUGUCUUGUUGCUCUCCCUGCUGGUUAUUGAUCUCUUGGCUACUUCUGUAAUUCUGCAGUGCUGGGUUUACAAGGGAAAGGUUGUUUUCUAGUAUCAAGAAAAGUUACAUUUUUUUAAUAUACAGAUUUGAGUUACUAAACUUCAACCAGGCAAUUGAUAUUCAAUGUGAAUUGAAAACAGGGAAAUGCUACUAUUAAAAUUUUCCAGUUCCUAGUUUUGCUGGCAGUGUAGGGAAGGCCCACAUUUUAAUUAGCCUGUCAUUCUUGGACACACCUCUGGGAAUGCGCAGUGAGAAAUGUAGGCACAUGUUUCAGUUUUUUUGUACUUGUUGCUAAUGCAUUGGUAGACUAGUUUAAAGCCAUUCCUCAGCCUUGUUCCUAAUCAAUGUGACCAUCUGUACAGUAUUUUAUACGUGAACUUUUCUAGGGAUCUGUUACUACUUCUUUGUAUAAUGUAAAAUGUUUCAUGAGUUAGUCCCAUGACACCAGCAGAUGAGCUCUGUUGGAUUUAUCAGUAGAGCUCUAUAGCAUUACUGCCCUCCCUUUGUGCCCAUCCAUGUGCAAAAGUUUGCCGUUCCAUAAAAGCAGUGGCAGAGGGGGACAGUGUACAAGCUCUGUGGCUGCUGCAGUUUGUGGUCCCCGCUGUCUUAAGAUGUUGCCCAUUUGCUUUGUUUUAAUCUGCUUUGUUACGAACUGUGGACGUUGAAGACUGACAUCUGUGAUGAAGUGUCCACAUCCAGCAGAAAAGGACUGGUUCUGGUAGCAUUCGAAGCUGCUGCUGCUACUGAUCCCAGUGUCUUGUUUUGGCUUCAUUGUCAGUUACAGUCUUCUCUUCUGCAUGCUGUUGGGCCAGUUGUGCUCCACAACAUAGUCUUGAAUCGCUGCAUAUUUAUAAGUUUGGCCCAGUGUGCAAGUUUAGACAAAUUAUGCCUUUGAAAUAGUUUCCUUCAGCAGGAAAGUUGGGUACUUUUGCUUUUCAUUUUAUGUUUUAAAAAAAUGGAAGAUCAUCAGAGGUUUAUGUGCCUACAUUUUGCCAGCCUGAGCUGCUUUUGUCUAGGUUGUGCAUCACAGAGGGGUUAAACGGGCUUUAAAAGUUGGGGGGUUUUACGAGCAUGAGAGAGCAGAUUGCAAAAUUUGGUCUAUAAUGCCAUAUAAAUACUACUUAUGACUCAUCUUAGAGUUAAAUUUACCAAAAGUCAUGAAUGCAUGAAAUGUAAUUAAGAUAUGUAUAGAGGAAGGAAAAGGCCAUCAGAAUAUUCUUUAUUUUUAAUGUUCAUCUUGUCAAAGUGAUCGUUUCAACUUUGGCUAACAGAAAAGUAGAUACAUCCCUUAAUGUGCUUCAUACAGCAUAUAGAAUGUCUUUCUGUGGCUUUGAAGCUGUUUCUCUGAUGAAAUAAGUUUCAGCAUUUUGGCUUUGGCAGUUUGAUUAUAAAUCAUCCUAAAAAAGCUUUAUAAAUAUUUCCCUUAGAGCUUGGUUAAGGUUCUGUACCAAGACCCAAACAUACAAUGUCUAUAUCGGAAUUGUGGGGUGAAGUGCAUUCGGUUGUCUGCCCUGUAGUACACUCGAGUUGGGAAAUAUCCUAUGCAGCUGGGCUUCUGGGAAUAUUUACUCAGGAAACAUUACUGUGAAGUAUGUCUGUUAUGUGGGGAUUGUCAGUUGUCUGGUCCUGUUUCUAGAAGAAUACGCAAGGUAACCAGAAUGGUACUAGCAAUACAUCAAUCCAACUUCUGGUGUGCAGUUGCUUCAUGAACAAAGUAUGAUGUUCUUGUUGAGUUCACAAGUAUGAAAGUGCAAAAUAAGUUUGAGAUAGGUGUGCAAAUAAGUCUAUAAUUAAAUUGGACAAAACAAUCUGGUUUAAUUAUACGAUUCAUUUACUUCAGAGGUGAAGACGGCUUGUUAUAUUAGCAUGCUUUUGGUACUCUUUUUAGGUAACUGUAAUUCAGUUUUCCUAUACUGAAUACAUUUUCAUAAUAUUUUUUUCCCCUAUGUGCAGUUCCACUGGAUUUUGUGUAUGGCUAACUCUCUAGCCCCAAAUACUGAUGUUUUCAUCCUUUGCUUUCUUAUAUGUGUUAGUAGGAAUCAAUUUAUAUAUUUUGUAUAGAUGUACAUUUCUUCUGAAAGCUGCUUUGACUUUUGAGGUUUAAUAUUGCCCUGCUCUUAAGUUGCAUCAGUUCUGAUGGCUCCCUUUUCAAAAAGAGAAUAUUAUAUAUUCUGUUGAAUAUAACAGAAAAUCUCUGACAAGCUAAUGGUUUUGAGGUGUUAAUAUUAAAUUGAUAUGUCUCUACUUGAAAUUUUGUUCACCUACAGUAACUUAAAUAUAUUGCAGAUUUUUUCAAUGCAUUUUUUCAUUGCAUAUACCAAAAAGACCUAAUUCCUCAAACUUACCUGUAUUGUUAAAAAAUACAGACUACUGUAAAUGGCUUUAUUCAUGGGAGUUCAAAGGAACGAAGUUUUGCACUCCAGUGUUCUUGUUCUGCAUCAGACUAGGUAUCUGGUCACCAAAGAAAAAGGAUUAGAAAUGUUGAAAAGAUCAGUUAUAACUUUGGGACUUCAAAGUAACAGUGCCAAAAAAUGUACUUAGGUAGUACAGAUUCUCGUCUGCUCUGCUAGCUGAUCAAGAGCAAAGAGAGGAGUUUGGUUCUGUACCAUCAUUCUAAAGGAGUUUUUGGCUGUCUGGAUUAGUCACAAUUUUACCCUGCAUGUAUGGUAGUGCAAAAUGGCCCCUUUAAAGGCUGUGCAUCAAUGAUGCAUUUCAGCUUUUAGCCAACAAAGCAAGUCAGAGUGGAACAGAUCUUCUUGCAAGAGUUUCUUGCUGCUAGGCUUCUCAGUAGUAGGAAGACAGAUAGAACAAAGUUUUCUGAAAAAUAGGCAUCUCGUCAUAUAUAGGAUUGGUAUCUCUACUAAAUAGUAGCUCCUCCCAUGUUUAAUGAGGGUGUGGACUUUUUGUGGAGUAUUUAAAUUCUUUUCUGGAGUGCACAUGCUGCAGUUCUGGUAAUACCAUUUCCAAGGCUGUUUUCAGCUGUUGUUUCUAUCCAUGCCAGUCAAGCCACAGCUAUCUUUGCUUGCUUUGUAGAUCCCAUACACCAACUUUUCUGUGUGUAACUUGCUAGCGUUUAUCACAAAUGUCUUAUGCUGUUGGUUACACUUGAAAAGGCUUUUCUAAAGUCGAGUUUUGUAUUAAAAAUAAAUACAGAACUUGUUUUCUGUGUCAGAAUAUGAGAAAACUAUUCUGUAGAAAGAAAUUAUUGUUGGAGUUGUAUCUGCAAAGAUAAAUGCUACAUGAAAACAGCUGAUGCCCGUAAGCACACAAUGACAGGGAAUUCUUCCUUGGCCCUAUCAUGAGCAUUAAAUCUUGGAUUUUAAAAACUCUAUAUAACCUUAAAAUUAUUAGAAUUAUACUUCAUAUUUAUAUUCAGUACUUACAGAAUAUAUUAUUGGUUUCUUCAUGUUCCAGCUGUAUGUUGGAAUUUAUGCACUGGAAACCUGUAUUACCUAUUAGCGACUAGAAUUCUUUUUGGUUUUAGAUCAUUAAAAAAAGGAGUUUGACUAUACUGAGUUCUAAAAAUUUUAAUUCCAGAGAUAACGGUACAUGAUGUGUAACAUAUGUGGAAAAGACAAAAUGUUAUCAUGAAACUUGUCUUUGUGGUCAAACUAAUGCUUUUCUAUAUUUAUAUAUAUGAUUUCCACACAUGAAUUUAUAGGAAUCCCUGAAUUUAUUUUUUAAGAUUUUUUUUCUGUUGGCUCAGUAUUGCAGCACUAACAGAGCGUUAAAAUGCUAGUGCUAACAUUAGAUCUAUGCAAGAAGCAGCAAGGAUUUGUGGCACACUGCUCUUUGGAAAGGCCAGGGAAACAUUCAAAGGUUUUCACUUAUUUGCAUCUGGAUGUUGAUUACCUUGAGAAUAAGAAGUGGGACAUGCCUGAAGCACCUUUAUAGUAAGCCCCCCUCUAAGGAGAGGGAAUGAGUGGGGAAAAUUGGAAAGGAUAUAGCUUCUUUGUGAUGCUUGUUUCCAAACUGAUACGUAUUUGUGCUUCGGUGGAAUUGAUUCUUUCUGAAGAACACAAAUGUUUGCAAGAAUUAUGUCUCAGUUUUUCACAAGAUGCUUCUUGACCUGUCAGCUUCUGCAAAAAGCCACGUAGAUGUAAGUAGAGUUUAAAGUGAAAGGUAUUAGGUAGAUACAGAACACUGAGCACCAAAUUUUGUCAUAUACUUAGGGUGAAAGGUGGUUAAUAAACUUCAGGACAGUUUCCCCACCAUGGUUGCAAUACAUGAUGUUGGUAUUCUUCUUGCAGAAGGGUAUACAGUUCCAGGUCUUACAUACUUUUGAUAAGGUGGUUAAUGGAGUCAGCCAAGGCUUGCUUCUGCAGAUUAAUUCAUGUGGCUUAGGUCAGUGCUUUGAUGUAUCAUAAAUAUAAGGGAAGUGAUCAGGCUAAAUAGAAUGCAGCUGUGUUCACAUUAAUCUGGCUGUGUUACCUAGAAUAAGCUAAUUGACAGUAACUUUCAGAUUGUUACCAAAUGCCACAAAUUAUAGAAAUUUUUUAAAAAAAAGGCGGGGGGGGAAUCACUUAAAAAUUCCUUUUGAUUAACAGGAAAAAUCUUGAUAGAACUGUCAGAAAAUAAAAGAACUCUUGUAUCUUACAAACCUGAAACCAAAACUGAUUUGAUGUUUAGGGACAUUAUUUACCAAUGUAGAGCUAGAGAUGAUGGACAAGAAGUAAUGCAGGAUGUAGGAAUGUUUAGUUGUCUGCUUUGUUUUUAUGCAGUAAUUUGUACCAAAGAGGAUGAAAUGAAUAGGCACCCGUCUAAACUCUUCUCGUUAGUUAAAAAGUGAAACAGGUUAACAAUAUUACUAAUCUAACACUGUGCAAAUUAAAAGGCAGUACACUACAUCCAUUGUCUAGUACUGCAUAUUGGGAAAAUCUGAAGAAAAAUUAGCCUGCUGAAGUGCCUUUCUCUUUCAUCAGACUUAUUUUAUCAGUGGGACACCUGACUAUCUGAAAAGCACAUUAUGGUUUUUUUUUUCUGUUAGCCAAAAAAACCUCAAUUCAUACUUACAAUUAUGUAGGUUUUAUAAUAUUUUAAAAGGCAGAUCUAGUGGUUUUUAUGUUGGAAUACUGACUCCUGCAUGUUGAUGAUGAUGGUAAUUGCUGUAAACCCUGGGUUUUUGUAUUUUAUGUUUGAAAAGAAAUUUAAAAAAUAUAUCUUUAGCAAUCUGAACACUAGUAUCUUUUAAAAAUGCACAUAUGGGAUCUGAUUCAACUUCAUAAGUCAAGAGUAAGCAUCUUGAAGUCACUGGUUUUACAGGUAUGAAACUGGGAUUUUAACUUCAAAAAUUAAAUUAAUAUAAGUUUAUAUAUGAAAACUAUUAUAAUGAUAAAAAUCCUUUUUUCAGCUGCUAACCUUCCUUGCCAGUAGAAGCAGAAAGGGUGUGGAGAUAGGUACUCAAUUCUUACUUCCUAGAACCAAUUUUUGUCUCCAUUUGGAGCCUAACCUGCAUUGUUUAUAUAACCCAAGCUUCUGCUUUUUUUUUUUUUUAGUGGAAUAAUGCAAAACACAGUACUAUACCUACAGAGUUAAAAGUGAGCAUUCUUUUAUAGUAGUUUGCACUUAUUUGUGCCACACUUCUAACAGUAGGCAGCUACAUUUGUGUUAAUUUAUAUGAAAGGUGGUUUAAAUUACUUUAAUUUGAGCUUCUUUUUCUUUGAAAAGCAGUAUUCAGUGUGUUCUGAUUACCAAAAAAAAAAUGGCUUCAGAUUUUUUUUUUUAGACUGGCAGGGGAAAACUGUGUCAUUUUUAUUAUUAGCACUCCGCUUGAAAAUUAUUUUACCAAAUGAAUUUUUUUUUCAGUCAGUUUAACACUUAUUGAACAUUCCUAUAUUCCCCCUCCUCAAAAUGUACUGGUACUUUAUUCCCCAGUUAACCGAUUCACUUCCUUUGAAGCACUUGUUGCACUUCAGUCCAUGUUAGAACAGUAAUUUUACAUCUUAUUGUGUAGAAUGACACUUUUUAGUGCUCGUUAGAGCAUGGAGUUCAUAAAAAGCCUGGCUCUGAGAUGCUGAAAGGUAGGUGAACUGACUGUGCUCACCACCUUGCAUGUUGGAGCCUUACAUUCAACAAACACUUCAUUACCUUGGCAGUCGUUUUCAAAAACACUCUAGUGUGGAUAUUGUUUAUGUAAAACAUUCUUGAUAUUCAGCAUCCUGGUUUUAAGUAUUUCUACCUUUUUAUAUGUUGUCAGAGGUGUCUUUUCAUCUCUGUAUUUACUACAGUAUCAGUGUAUCUGUUGCUGAAAAUGUAACUAAGAUUUGUAAAAUGUUAUAGCUUAUGCAAUAUAAUAAAAGUUUUAAAAAGA